AUGAAUAGAAUCGCUAAUGGUGUGAUUGGACUUGCCCUUAAGAAUCAGGCUUGUUUCAGUACAGCUAAGAAAGCAAAGAUGGAGUUGACCAUUAGAACUCCAUACAGAACAAUAUUGGACAAAUUCGAAGGUUUCUCAAGAAUAGUGGCUAAAACAAAUGAAGCAGCUCUCAUUAUUCAAAAUAGAACUCCUGCAGCAGUAUACAUAUUACCACCAGGGCCUUUGAAGAUUAAAUUCACUUAAGAUGUCAAAGGAGUCACUGGUGACUUUUUGCAUUUGGGUGGCUAUGUGUUUGUGAAUCCUGAUAACACUUGCGAAAUCAAUUUGAUGGAUGUAGUUGAUAGAAAAGAAGCAAAAGUCGAUUAAUUUGAUAAGGCUGAUGUUAAAGAUGCUGAUACAGUUGCUGGAAGAUAUGCAGGUAAGAUUAGAAGAUCUGCUUAACGUACCUUUAUUAAAAAAGCAACAGCAUGAUAUUAUUAUACAUAAAUGAAAUAAAUAAAUAUACCAAAUGUUCUAAA